AUGGACGCCAAAGACGUUUCCAACGACACAAUAAGCAUCUCCUCCGGAGGCGAUGCACCAACCAGCCCUACUUCCGCAGAGGAGAGAAGAAAAGCCCUUCUUCUCUCGUUUACUGCCGAAGAUGACAAGAGAAUUCGACGGAAGAUCGAUCGUCGCUUCCUGGGAUUAAUAGGAAUGAUGUAUCUCAUCAAACAGGUAGAUUUCAUGAAUGCGGCCGCUGUCAAGGUUCUUCAGGUUGGGGAGGACAGGAAUAUACUCAAUGAGCUUAAAAUGACCGCCAAUGAGUACAAUUGGGUUCAGUCCAUUUACUUCAUCAGCUACAUUGUCUUCGAAGUCCCCAGUAACCUGUUGUUGAAACGACUCACUCCUCGAAUAUGGCAAUCACGCAUCAUGCUUUCCUGGGGAAUAGUGCUAGCCUGUCAUGCGGCAGCACAGAAUAAAGAGACACUCUGGGCGCUACGGUUUCUCCUGGGUAUGUGCGAGGCUGGCAUGUUUCCCGGAAUUGCAGCUCAGUUGUGUGGAUGGUACCGAAGCGACGAGAUGGGAAAGCCCAUCAUGUGGAUGUUUGCUUUCCAGAACACCUCAGGGAUCAUUGGGUACCUCCUCGCGUAUGGAAUCUCGUACAUGAACGGGUUAGGAGGGAUGAGCGCAUGGCGAUGGGUGUACCUCCUGGAAGGUCUCUUUACAAUACUGUUCGCCGGGCUCGUCUACCUCGUCCUGCCUGACUGGCCCAAAUCAAACCGAACCAAGAAGUGGCUCACCGAGCGCGAGCAGGAGUAUGUCGAGGCCCGGCUAUCAGAGAAUGCGCCUAGAACAGGCGACUCCAGCUUCUCCAAAGCGGAACUCAUCGCCUCACUCAAGGAUCCUCGCACAUACUCGUUUAUGCUCUCGCAGGUCCUGCUUAAUUUCGCAGGGUACGCACUCACUUGGGAGCUUCCCACGAUCACCACAAGCCUUGGGUUUGCGGGUUUACCGCGUAAUCAGCUCUUGAACAUUCCUCCUUCCGCAGCCGCUGUCUUAGCUAUUAUAUUCUCCGGGUGGUUCCAGAAACAAGCCUACCUAACGCGCCCGGCGUACGUCAUGGUCUGUAUCAUGGGCCCCAUGCUGCUGUUCUUCGUCUUGAUAGCCACCCUGACCUCGCGUGUUGGCAUCUACAUCGCCUGUGUGUUUGGGAACAUGUUCUAUUCGGUCUACUUUAUUCCGUUCUGGGCCUGGCGUACAUCCUCCCUCAAAGGCACAACAGGCGCAGCAUUCACCCUCGCAUUCCAGUCGUGUGUCGGCCAAGUUGGAGGUGUUAUCGGCCCUCAGCUCUUUCAGUCUCGGUUCGCAUAUAACGGAUACAAAACGCCGUUUGCGAUCUGCGCUGCUGUCGUCGGCGCGGCGUGUCUGGCGAAUGGAUGGACUUGGUGGUUGACGCGGAACGUCGAGUGGGAUGUGCGGCGCAUCCGCCGACUUCGCAUCAAGGAGAUGAAGCAGGGAAGGGUCUAUGCUGACGAUGAUGUGCGGGUUUACAAUGAACGGGAGUUUUAUACUGGGGUCAAGAGAGGCGGGAGUUGA